CCAGAAGACAUACAUAAUAUCCGUACCUGUAUGCUUCGAGGGAAACAUCUUGAUAAAGAUGAUUAUAAGAGUACAGAGAAACUAUUAGCUGGUCCUUUAAAAGAUAAUGUUGUAUUUUAUCAGCCACUGGGUAAGGAUCAGGACCUUAUAAUCGUUUUCCAAACGGAGUGCAUGAGAAAAGACUUACAGGACCAUGGGAGUAACAUUGUGUUUUUUGAUGCCACGCAUUGUGUGAAUCAAUAUUCCUUUCCACUUUUUACAUUGCUUGUGAGAGAUGACCAUGGUCAUGGAGUUCCUGUUGCAUACAUAAUAACAAGCAGUGAGACACAAGAAACCCUUAAGCUUGCACUUCGGAGGCUAAGACCUUUGUUCCCUAAGCCACCAAGGUGCUUCAUGGUUGACAAAGACAUGAGUGAAAUAAAUGCUUUGAAUGACGUUUUCCCUGAGUCGGAUGUUCUUCUUUGCUGGUACCAUGUACUCCAAGCCAUUGUUCGGUGGUUGAUGAAGUCAGAUUCCAGUGUUAGUGGGCCACAGCGUUCAAGUAUCCGGAAAGAAAUUAUUGAUUACUUCAAAAAAAUGAAAGCUUGUCCUAUGAAGGCUGACUUUGACAGAGUGUCUAAAAAAUUCCUAAAGGAAUUUUCUCACUACGAAGAGCUUUGCAAUUACUUCCAGAGGUACUGGGAACCAAUAAGUCAUAGAUGGGCGGAUUAUGGACGUUGUUAUAACCAUGGGAAUUCAGAGACCAACAAUUUGAUAGAAAGGUUCUUCCAUCGACUGAAAUACCAAUUCACGAGAGGGCCUGCUGGCUCACGAACGGGGAGCAGUCGUAAGUUGGAACAACAGUUGGGAGGGCUCGCACCGUUUCUCGACGGGAGCAGCUCACAGCGUCAGACAGGCGAGCUCUACCGGCCGAUGAACAGCGUGAUUUAUGCCGCCUGA